AAGAAAGCAUUGCAAUUAUAAAAAAAGUCAGUCUCUCUCUCUCUAUAUAUAAAUAGAAGACUUUAGGGUUUAGUUUGUUGAAGAUAUAUAAAAAUGGAGAUUACAAAAAGUAAGUCUUCACUUAGAGCUGAACGAAAAACCAGAGAAAAAGAUCGAAGAACAGAAAUGAGACAUCUCCUUUCUGUUCUUGCUUCCGUGCUCGCUCCUCAACCAUCAAAGAUCUCAGCGCUGAAUCUGGUGGAUGAAGCGGCAGACCACGUGAAGAAGAUGCAUGCAAGAAUAGCGGAACUGGAAGUGAGAAAAGCAAAAGCAAAAGGAAAUGAGAAUGAUAAUAGUUCUUACAUGGAGGAUUAUUAUAAUUACGAAACAGCAACAGAGUUAGAACCUGUGAUGGACAUAAAGAUCGGGUGCAAUGAUUCUUAUGUAGAAGUGAAUAUGAUAAGCGGGUUAUUCAAGAAUUUCAUGUUACAUGAAGUCAUUCGUGUUCUUCAAGAAGCAGGAGCUGAAGUCACCAGUUAUUCAUCUUAUAAAGUUGGCCAUCGGGUCUUCUAUACCAUUAAAUCCCAGGCUCUUUCUCAAAGAAUUGGAAUAGAUACUCUGAACAUCCAUGAGAGGUUAAAUGCAAUUGUCAACAGUACUAACUGGCUGCCUCACUGAUGUAUAACGAUUAACGCGUAAAGCGGCGUGUUCAUCAAUGUUGUACGGCAGGGUCAAUACAUAGAGGAUAAAUUACUUAAGUGGUGCCUGUAUUUUUUUUAUUUUUUUUAAUAUCUGAACUUUAAUAUUUUUUGUUUUGUGCUUCAACUUGUUAAAAAUAUAUCAAAUAAAGAUGUUUAUCUAAUUUCCGUUCA